AUGUCGCAUGGAUGGCGGCCGAAGUAUCUUCGGCGACGGGUUGUUAUAGCCUUCAAUGUCUGUUUUUCGCUACUUAUUAUCACGCUUGAGGUGCUCGAUGGGAUCUCGAUUCGCAACCAAGGUUUCGUGUUCGUUGGAUCCAUAGCCCUCACUUUAAUUCUCGCAUUUUGGGCUAGGUUUGAAUAUCAGGCAUGUCGAUAUCUGCCUUGGAUGAUCCUUGCUCGCCAGCCGCAGAAGUCGGAAGCAGAUUUUGCUCGGCAUAACGAUGCCGCUCGAACAAUUGCUCUAGAUUACGCCGGGAUGUGGACGCCGAAUGCCAUGAUCACUGCUGCUAAGAAUAAACAUUUUUUGGUUCUGUCCGCCCUCACCGUAUCCAUGCUUCUAAGGGUCCAGAUAGUACUCUCUGCCUCGCUCUUCUAUACUCACUUGGUGAGCACUAAGCAGGACGUCGAGGUCCGCCUUCAAGAUCGCUUCUUAGACCGCGUUAAUAUCCCAUUUAAUCCCCUCGCAGAUCCCAGGCCGUUUCGUUUGGAAAGCGGAAAUUGGACUACACGGUUGGAUUACCCGCAGAGCCUCGUUCCGGAUGUGGCUCUCCAGCGCUUUGAAGAUAAGGCCAUGCAUGUGCUGGAAAAUAGCACAGCUUUAACGGUAACUGUCGAUGGACUUACUAUCUCAUCUUCCUGCAAGAAUCCUACAGUGUCAAUCAUACCUGCCAAGAACGGAAGAACAAACUUCACCAUAUCAUCUCAUCAUAGUAUCCCCUCCAGGAGCUUUCAGCUAGAAAACAUUUAUCCCGAGGGGUUGCUAAGGGGUCCUUAUUUAUUAUAUUACUGGGAAGACACCAGCUACGCGAAUGACUCAUCCGAGCCAUUCUACGUGGCUUUGGUUAUUGGUGGUAAAGUCGAUGAUGCCGGUAAGGCUAAUUUCCAGACGACGGCGUUGUCCUGCACCCUCGAUGUUUCGAUUUCUCCAUUUGAAGUGACGAUGGAAAACGCAAAACUAUCUGCGGUGCGACGUCCGGGAACUGAAUCCACCGUAUCAAUCCGUGGGGGGCUUCUCGACUACAUGUGGAGAAGCUAUGAUACCGCUCAAAUUUACGCCCCAGACCUGUGGAUUGGGAGUGGAAUCUGUGGCGGCCUUGUCGUGGGUGAUAUCAUGGAUUAUGAUGCUACUCCUUAUUUAGAGACUGAUCUCAUACCCUUCAAAGUCGGAGGUAGACUGUUGAAAGAUGGGCGCCUAAACGGAUCCGACUUCGCGAACCCGUCUACCCUCGAGGGAGCAAUGGCGUUAUAUCAUUCGGCCUACGGUUCAAAGGUAGCUCACUACGACUUCCGAAAACCAAUCAAUAGUUCCGCGAACGGCUUCGUUACUCGGGACCUUAGUCGCCUAGGCGUGCAACCUUAUAUAAGCCAAAUCAUGGUCGGUUUAUUUGGCUUAACGAUGGUUAUCACUCUCCCGUUACUGUGGGAAGUGUCUCCGAAGAAUGGAUUCGUUCCCUUCAAACCACGUACGCUCGCCGGAAUGGCGAUUUUGCUUUCUAGAUCCUAUGAGUUUCUCGAGGUAUUGAACGGCCGCGGACACCAAUCGGUCAAGAAGCUCUUAGAGCAUACUAAAGGGGCGUAUUACACAUCUCUCGUUCACCAUCCAUCGACGCCGCUUUAUCCUUCUUUUCAAUUGCAGAGGCUGAAAUCAGACGACGGCAGCCGCACAGAAGCACCCGCACAAGACGUUAAAACAAUUGAUUGGUAUCAGCCUUGGACUUUACGUCCGAUCUCCAGGGCGAUUAGCCUCCUUGCGAUGAUUGGCUUUUUAGCCACGUUGGUCGCCCUCCUGCAAAGUUCACUCCGCCACGGGGGAUUGGGAGAUGCUAUUGGUAGUAGUUCCUCUCAUUAUCUGUGGACAUCUCUUCCAUCUUUGCUCUUCGUUUGCCUCUCUACUUACUUUGGAAGCUGCGACUCUGAGUUGAGAUCUCUUGCUCCAUUUGCCCUUCUUUCGUCGAGCGCUGUCACUUAUAGCGAAGGUUUAACACUGUCCUUCGUGGAUCAGACCGCCGCGCGAACACUCUUGAUAUCCUUGAAAAAGCGCAAUCUAGUAGUUAUCUUUUCUACAUCUAUUGUACUUCUUUGCAGCCUGCUGCCAAUUUUCACGGCGAACCUAUUCACGGUCCAAAUGCGCAGCGUAAGCAAGCCUGUUACACUACAGCAAGUCGAAUGGCUUACACCCAAGGAAUUCGAGCUUGAGAUGAGCAAUAUCCCGGACCUGAUUCUAAACUUGAAUCUAUCCUACCCGUCAUGGACCUUUGAAGAUCUAGUUAUCCCACGGUAUCAGCUAGCGGAGCCGGUAUCACGAAAGUAUCUGCAGCCGAAUUCGACCGUCACUAGUCGGCUCCGAGCUGCCAGAGCAGUCCUAGACUGCAACCAUACGACGUCAAUCGACGACGUCACGAUAGAUAUCUGGGGGAAGAAGACCACCUACCAUCCAAGUGGGCUUAUAAUUUGCCCGAUAAGCGACACUGGCGGGCCUUUCGGUAUUGACGCACUGUCGUUGCCGUGGCUUUGCGAUAGGUCGACUGACAUGGAGGGGUGGCCAUCCUUUAUAUACGCAUGGGGCCAGUGUCAGGGAGAGGGCUGGGGAAAUGGUUCUCAUGCAACGGUAAUGGUAUGCAAUGAGACUUUCGAAGAGGUCGAAGUUCAGGUAACGUUAUCUGGCCCAAACCUGGAGAUACUAGAAAACUACCCACCAGUCCUGACGGGGUCGUCGGGCGAACGGAUUGCGAUCAACUUCCACGAGUCAAUUUCUCAGACGUCCAAUCCGACUUAUAAUAUAUCAGACCCGUACGCUAACCUUAUAGAUGACCAAGGCCUCGACCAUGGGCUCUUCAGCACCUUAACGAGUUCUCGUUAUGCCAUUCCAGGUGAAUGGCUAGGAGAUACCUCUAGGACGCAGGACGUUAUAGCUGCAAUCAAGAAGGUACAUGGUAUCGUUCGAGCGCAGAUGCUUCGCGACAGUACGGGAGCCUGGCUGUAUUUGAAUGAUACGUCCGCCAACACAUCCUUCGUCGCGCAAGAGAAGUUGCCCGUUCCGCCUGUCGACGGGGAGAUGUGGCAGAUUCUCGGUCGUGUCAUGCAGGAUCAGGUAGCAACGUGCGUCUUAAUAGGUCUCCUGGCGGUUAUCCUUCUCCUCGAUGUCAUACUUGUGUGGUUAUCCGAGGCGCACGGCUACCGGCGCGCUGUCCCUAAGUCGCCGGGGACUAUCGUUGCUGUAGCAAGCCUCUUCGCAAACUCGACAUUUUUUGGCCACUUGCCUUCAAAUGCGCAAUGGACUACGAAUGAGAAGCUGGAACAGCAAUUUGAAGGAAAGCGAUUUCGAAUGGGUUGGUACUCUGAUAACGAUAUGAAUGAGGCACAGGUAUACACGAUCGGUGUUAUUUGA